UCCGCACAGACUGUCGGACACCCUGAAAGCAACAAGCUUGACUGGACCGGACAAAACGCCCACUGCAGUGGUGCCGUAGACUCUGAGUAGACGGAGAUAAACAAGGUCCUUUUUCCAGCCUUAAACGUCGGUCUGAAUUCAACUGAAGACAAAAAGAUGUCGGUGGGUUAUAAAGAUGACCAGAACGACUGGGUGACCGUGUGCCUCAAGUACCUGCUCUUUGUUUUCAACUUUCUCUUCUGGAUGGGAGGAGCUGCUGUUCUGGGUGUGGGCGUCUGGACACUGGUGGCAAAGAGCGACUACUUGAGCCUACUGGCCUCCAGCACUUUUGCUGUGUCAGCAUACACCCUCAUCUUAGCUGGCAGCCUGGUGGUAGUUACAGGCUUUUUGGGCUGUUGUGCAGUCAUCCGGGAGCAGAGAAGCUGUCUGUCCACGUAUUUCAUCUGCCUCCUGUUUAUCUUCUUGAUCGAACUUGUGGCCGGAGUACUAGCUUAUGUAUACUACCAGAGGCUGAGUGAGGAGCUGAAGCAGCAUCUCAACCACACUAUGACAGAGAACUACGCUCAGCCAGGAAAGGAGGCAGUCACAUUUGCGGUUGACAAUCUACAACAGGAUUUCAAAUGCUGUGGCAGCAACAAUUCUCAUGAUUGGACUGUGAGCAAGUACCUUGUGUCAGGGCAAGCAGAAGGCAGGGCGGUACCUGACAGCUGCUGUAAGACCAUCACACCUCACUGUGGAAAGAGGGACCACCCCUCCAACAUCUACAAAGUGGAGGGUGGCUGCAUCACUAAGCUGGAAAAGUUCCUUGCAGAUCACCUGUUGGUUAUCGGUGCAGUGGGGAUAGGAGUGGCCUGUCUGCAGUUGGUCGGGGCACUCUUGACAGCCUGCUUUAUCUAUCUGCUCUAUAAAGAAGAGGAAGAGGACUUUGGUGCAUUGUAAUUUGGCUCUAGAGCGCUGCUGGUUUAAUCGAAUCGAGAGGCAAGAUAUGUGGAAUGGUGUUCACCUGCUGCUUGUACAGAAGGAUCAAGAUGGACCCUUACUGAGCACAACGUGACCCCUGCACACCACCUUCAACAGAUGGAGCAUGACCUGCUGACACCUAACCAAACUUUAAAUCCCUGCAUUGUGAUCUGAUGAUCUAAGCGUUGGACACACACGAUAGAAACUCAGGCUCAUGAGUUUCUGUUACCUGGUCUAGGCUGGAUGUUUUUGCAUGCUUUAAUUUGAACAUGACUAAAAAAGGGAAAGACUUAAGUUGUGUGGUAUUCUAUGCAACUCAUGAGGGUGCGAAUUUAAUUGUUUUUAAUUAGGAGAGGAGUGUUUCGAUAAUUCCAAGUCGAAUCGGCUGAGUAAGAGCACAGAGUACAAAGAAAGAAAGUUAUGUGUGUGUUUCUGUCUUUUGUAAACACAAUGUGCCUCUUACAUAAUUCUACUGGUAAAUAAUUAUGUAUAAAUUCAGUGCCUGAAGUCUUGAAAGUGAGCUGUCAAUACACUGUGAUAAACCGCAGCAAAUGAAUGGAGUCAUGUUUAUAUUUGUAGCUUUGUCUUUAAUUCUAACACGUUGGCUGAGUGAUGGUAAUCAAAAUAAACUUUGCAGUAUCAA